ACCUGCACAGUUGAAGAUUACGCAUGGAGUCAUUCACAGCCGCACCUGUCAGCAUCGUUUUGAAGGUGUACAGUGGAAACUCGUGGGUCACCCUGUCAUUUAAAAAGCCUGCAGGAAUGUUGACGGGACGGAAACAAAACACGCAACAAACCAAAUGGGCGUGCAUCUUCUUCCCACUGCUGCUAAACGCGGAAGAUAAGCACAGGGCGGAGGUGAAUUCUGCGAAAACUUCCUCACAUCCAAGGCCAGUUUCUAAGGUUUCCUUUAGUGCGGUCAGGUCAAAGAAAUCUAAACAUGUGGCCAAAUCAAGGACCACCCUGUCCCAUGGGCCCACCAAACCCUGCCUACCCUCCUGGCUACAACCCUGCAUAUCCAGCUGGACCUUAUACAGGUCUCUUCCCCCCACCAGUCCAAUACCCAGGUGUGGUACCUCAUGCACCUCCAGGUGCAAUGCCUUAUGGCGCUCCACGGCCUCAACAGUAUCCUAUGGCUUCAGGUGGAUUUCCGAUCCCCCCAGGAGGUGUUUGCCCAGGUCCAUAUCCACACUCUCCAAAGGGGGAUCACCAAAAAUGUCAACAAAAAGGUCCCAACAAAGAUCACAACAAAGAUCACAAAAAAGAUCACAAGAAAGAUCACAAGAAAGAUCACAAGAAAGAUCACGGAAAAGGCCACAAAGAUCACAAAGGACAUCAUCAUGGAGGCAUGAAUCCCAUGGCUGGUGCAUUUGGUGGAGGGAUGGCAGGGCUGGCAGGGAUGGCAGGGAUGGGAGGAAUGGGGAUGGGGAUGGGAGGAAUGGGAAUGGGGAUGGGUGGGCACAAAAUCCACAAAAAGAUGAAGAAAGGACAUAAGGGGGAGAAGCAUGGACAUGGGCACCACAAACACGGCAAGUCAUCCAGCAGCAGCAGCAGCAGCAGCAGUAGCAGCAGCAGCAGUUCAGACUGAGGUCAACGGCUCAAGACAAAGCUUUCAUGGAAAUUUGCUCUUUUACAAAAAGGACAAUUUACAUAAUCAGAUUUGUAUAAUUUUAAACAGGGUUUUUACACUAUUUUAUUAUUCUGAUUCUAAUAUGGGCUAUCUUUAUUUUCACAGCAUUGAUCUGUUUUGACAUUCUUCCAUAUUGCAUCUUUUUUGGGUGUGCUCAUGUCAGAAUUUCUUUAGACUUAGAGUUGAGUUAAUAUCAUCCAUUAGAAUUUUAUUACACACUACAAUGGUCAUAGCCAUAUUUACAAACUUGGCUCCAAUAAUCUACAAUUAAAGGAGCUUUAUGUAAGAAAUGCAUUGUAUCAAGUCACGAAAUUACCAUGAUAUGUCAUUAGAUAUUAAGUAAACAUGUUAAAUUAAAAUACUAUUGGUACAAACA